CAUCAAAAAUAUGCACCAUCAGCAACAUUUUGAAAUUUGUCAAAGGGAGCUGUAGUAAUAGAAAGAAUGAUGAAAAAGAGACUCAAAUCAGCCUUAAAUCAAAGUAAACUGCGUUUAUAGGAAGAACUGAAGAGCCGAAAAAGCAAAAUAGCAAAAACUGGCGCAGAGGUGCAGCGGUGCAAAGGCAUUGGGAAAAAUGCCGCCUAUAAACGAAAUACUACGAGUGAACAGGAAUUUUCAAAUCAUAUCAUGUGUCAUCGUGUUGCUCACAGCGCAUAGCAUACAACUAGCUAACUGUAUUGACUGUUUCAAAUGCGUCUCAUUCAACGGAGCCAACAAGGCAUGCGACGAUCCUUUUCACAACAACUAUUCCACAGCCAUAUUGGAGUCGCCGUGCAUGGGUGGACGGAAAGGACGUGACGGUCUCUUUCCGGCGACGGCCUGCAUCAAAAUUGCGGGCAUUUAUGAUGACACUGGCGAAUCGAUAACGGUACGAGGUUGUGCGCUGGACAGUGGCACACUCACCACGGACACGGAAAUCAUACGGAUGUCACAUUGUGGCAAAUUCUACUAUGACGACAGAUACGUGCAUGGUUGCCUACAAAGUUGCAACGAUGCAGAUGCAUGCAACCAUGCGGCGGCGAGCCUCAAAAGGCUCUCACGGCAAUCACUGUGGCAACAUUUUAGUUCAGUGUUAUUAACAUUCAUAGCGUUACACGAAUAUCUACUCGGUCUAAUCAGGUAGCAGCAGUGUACAGGUUGAGUGCAGAAACAAAGAAAGUUGAUAUGAAAUGCAGCGUUGAAGAACACAGCGGCAUGGCGAGAUGGCUUCGUAGAAAAAUGCUGAUUCGAUGGCGGGUAUGGGGGACGAUGUACACAAUGUGAAUUUACAAAUAGUUUUAAGCGUUAUUAUAUAACUAGAACAGAUCAAAUAUAAGUAAACUUACAAACAAACAUACACACACAAAAUUGUAUAUAUAUAUAUUUACACAAACACUGCAAGCAAUUCGAAUUGAGUAUCGAAAUACGAGUGUGUACAACAUAUCGAUGGUUGCGCGCAAGAUCGACCUAUCUCGACAGCCAGCUCGAAAAUGUCCUAUCUCAGAAUACUUUUCAAGAAUUCCCUAUUUUAGAAUUCGGUUCAAAAACGCCCUAUCACAACAUAAUUUCAAAUUUAUAUUUUCAGUUGAGAUAUGUAGGUCGUUUUUAA